CCUCUUAAAAAGCCAAAACCCGAAAAUAUUAAUUAAUCAAGUGAUUCAUUAUUCAGCAUUGUUAUUAUGGCUGAUCGUUUUCAAAUCUCAAAGGUUAACGGCAGCGCUAACAUUAAUGCCGCCUACGAUGCGGAAGGAGGUGCUGAUGAAUCGGAUGCCAGCACAAUUGCCCACCCGCCACCAGCGAUAAACACCACAGCCAACUACAAUGAUAAUCAUCUGCAACCCAAUAAGGCAGCAUCUCAUGAGACUGGCGAAAAUCGGCGUAGCUCUCGCCUAUCUUUCCGGGGUUUUGGCCAUUUUCUACGCAAAUCCGAUGCGGAACGAAAAUUUAGCUUGGCCCAGCUAACAAAGGAGACAUUACCACGUUUGGAUAAUUAUCGCAUCUCUAUGCGCAAUUUGAAGCGUCCUUCAAUUGGUGAACUACAGGGAGAAGCCGCCGAACAGAGUAUAACCAUACCAGAUGCCACAGAACCGGAACCGACUGGGGGUCACAUUAAACUUGGCUGGAUUGUUGGCGUCCUGAUACCAUGUCUAUUAAAUAUUUGGGGUGUUAUGCUCUUCUUGCGCCUCAGUUGGGUGGUGGCCGAGUCGGGUAUAUUGCAAUCAUUGAUUAUAAUUACGAUCUCGGCGGUGGUCUGCGUCAUAACUACACUUUCGCUGUCAGCCAUUAGCACCAACGGUGAGGUCAAGGGUGGUGGCGUCUAUUUCAUUAUAUCACGCUCAUUGGGUCCGGAAUUCGGAGCAUCGGUGGGCGUUGUAUUUGCGUUUGCUAAUGCGGUCUCUGCCUCCAUGAAUACUAUUGGUUUCUGCGAAUCGUUAAAUGUUUUAUUAAAAAAUAAUAAUCUUAAGAUUGUGGAUAAUGGCAUCAAUGACAUCCGAAUUGUUGGAGCUAUAACCAUUCUGGUUCUCAUCUUGAUCUGUUGCGUGGGCAUGGAAUGGGAGACAAAGGCCCAAAACUUUUUGAUUGUAACCAUUGUGUUGGCCAUAUUUAAUUUCUUAAUUGGUGCUGCUAUAGGACCCGGAGGUGACGAUACUUUGAUCUCUAAAGGAUUUGUGGGAUUUUCAUGGAAUACAUUUAAAGAGAACUUUGGAUCAGAUUAUCGCUAUGCAGAGGGAGUGAAUCAUGAUUUUUUCAGUGUGUUUGCCAUAUUUUUUCCCAGUGUAACGGGCAUACAGGCUGGUGCAAAUAUCUGCGGUGAUCUUAAGGAUGCUGGGGCUGCCAUACCCAAGGGAACAUUCUGGUCCUUAUUGAUUUCGAUGACUUCGUAUGCUUUGUUCGUGCUCUUUGCCGGUGGCGCUGCAGCACGUGACGCUUCUGGUAUUCCUGGAGACUUGGUCAAUGGCACCAUUAUACCAUCAGAGUUGCCCUGCAUGGCUAAUCACACUUGCACUUGGGGUCUAUUUAACUCGUACGAAAUGAUGCAGUUGAUGUCCUUAUGGGGACCACUUAUCUAUGCCGGUUGCUUUGCGGCUACCUUGAGUACAGCAUUGACAAAUCUAUUGUCUGUGCCCCGCCUGGUCCAGGCUUUGGGCAUUGAUGAAAUCUAUCCCGGAUUGAUCUUUUUCUCCAAGCCAUAUGGCAAACAUGGAGAACCAUAUCGUGGCUACGUAUUGACAUUCUUCAUCUCUACGUCUUUCCUGCUAAUUGGUGAACUCAAUUUAAUUGCUCCACUGAUUUCCACAUUCUACUUGGCCUCUUAUGCCCUGAUCAACUUCUGUACUUUCCAUGCGGCAUUUGUCAAGCCUUUGGGAUGGCGCCCGACAUUUAAAUACUACAAUGCCUGGAUUAGUCUCUUUGGAUUUGCCAUGUGUGUGGCCAUAAUGUUUUUAAUUAAUUACGUCGCUGCUAUAAUAACAUUUGGCAUUAUCUUCGCCCUCUAUUUGGUCGUUAUGUAUCGCAAACCGGAUGCCAAUUGGGGAUCAACGACCCAGGCUCAACAGUUUAAGGCUGCUCUAAUGGCUGUGCAGCGGCUACAAAAUGUCUCCGAUCAUGUUAAGAACUAUCAUCCUCAAGUCUUGGUGCUAUCUGGCGAUCCCAAGACCCGUCCACCAUUGGUUGAUUUUGGUUUUCUGCUGACCAAAAACAAUUCCCUUAUGUUUGUGGCCAAUAUAAUACCAGUACGCGUGGGCUACAAAAAUCGCUUGCAUUUGGUGAAAGAUGGACAGAAAUAUUUGGAUGCCCGCAAAAUUAAAGCCUUCUACAAUGUGAUUGAUGGUUUUAGUCUUGAGGAUGGCAUUAAUGCAUUGAUUAAGUCCACUGGUUUUGGUAAAAUGUCACCAAAUAUUGUUUUGGUAGGCUAUAAGCCUGAUUGGAAUCGUUGUCGAAAAGAGGAAGUGGAGAGUUACUUUUCCAUUUUAUAUAAUGCCUUUUCUCAGCGCAUGGGUGUGGCUUUGCUUCGCUUGUCCAAUGGUUUGGAUUUCUCUGAGCUGAGCCCUGAGGUUACCAUUGCUUCUGGUAACAAUAGUCUUAAUCACUUAAAUACACCAAAUGCCCUUGGAUUCACUAACGAACUGAUGCCAGCGGCAAAUGCAGCCUCUGAGCUUUUGCACAUUGAUUCCAAUUUGAAUCUGGCCAGCAUGGACAGCCCAAAUUCAUCGUACACCGUACCCCAACCGGCUCCAAUGCCCAAUAUGCAGCGCAGUUCACGUAGCUAUAAGGUUAAUGGCACAUCUGAUGAUCCAUCUAUUACUUAUCACACUAAGGGUGGAUCUGAGAUACCACAAAGUUUGCUAGAUGCCAUGACCAUUUUUACCCGGAAACAGGCCAAGGGUACAAUCGAUGUUUUCUGGUUGUACGAUGAUGGAGGUCUUACUAUCCUGCUGCCCUACAUCAUUUCUAUGCGAUCACAUUGGGCUAACUGCAAGCUGAGAGUUUUUGCCAUGUGUCAUGGCAAGGAUGAAGAGACCGAGGAGAAGAGCAUGGCUAGCCUCCUGACCAAAUUCCGCAUCAAAUACUCCGAGCUGAUUAUGCUCAAAGGUGUCUCAGAACAGCCACGUCAUGACACGAUUUUAAAGCACAAGCGUCUCAUUGAACCCUUCCGUCGCAGUGCUCGCAAUGAAUUCGGUAUCACAGAUGAAGAGCUGCAAAACAUGGCGGAGAAGACAAAUCGUCAGCUGCGCAUUCACGAACUAGUCGUCAAGCAUUCGUCGGAUGCUUCAUUGGUUGUCAUGUCAUUGCCCAUGCCACGAAAGGAGGCCAUCUCAGCUCCACUCUACAUGUCUUGGUUGGAGAUGCUUACAUCGGAUAUGAAAUGUCCGGUGGUAUUGGCGCGUGGCAACCAAACUCCUGUUUUAACACUUUACUCUUAAGCUAAGAAUAUCGAUUUCCAGUUCGAGUACAAUUUAGUAUUAUUAGCAUUUAGGUGUUUCAAGCAGAGUAGUUCCAGCGCAAGGAUUUUUAUAAAAAGUCAUCGUGUCCACAUUUUGGUGAUAAGCAUCAACUAAAAAUCCAGAAAGCCAAAUCCUUUUUUAUACCCAAAUACUUAUAUAGAUGACGAACCCCUACAAACACCUAUUCAUAGUCCCUAGCUCUAGAGGUGAAUCAGCAUUUCACACUGUUUCAUCGAAACCAAGCCCAGUCCCUAGAUGCAUAUGCAAACCUAUAUUAUAGCAUUAAAUUUAAGCUGAUAUCGAUCUAUCAUGAAAUAUAAACGAAAUACAAUUACA